UAGCUGUGAAUCAAAUGAGUCUGGCGUGCGGAGCAGAGCAGAAGCAGAAGCAGAAAGAUGUUUUGCUGUCAUAAUAUGUUGCCAGUCCCGCUACAGAUCUGCUUGGGAGUGUGCCUACACCAGGACAUCACCGAGGAGGGCAAAAAGGCUAAACUCCAGAGCUCUAAAAUAGAGCAGGACCUUUGUGAACAUGCCAGGACUGAGAUGAAUGUGGUGAAAAUCCUCAUGCUUGGAGCGGCAGAGAGUGGAAAGAGCACCCUGAUCAAACAGAUUAAGAUAAUCCACAGUCAUGGCUUCUCCAAACAGGAGCUCUUCAGUUUCAAGUCUGCUGUAUUAGACAACCUGCUAACCUCUAUGAAGUUUGUUCUUCGAGGAAUGGGGAUGCUGAGGAUUAACCUCGCUAACAAGAAGAACAAGAUGCACGCCCGCUCCAUCCUGUCCUGCAGUCAGUGUCUGGGGGACGACCAGGAACUGCUUCCUUUUGUGGGCCACGCUUUCUGUGCCCUCUGGGCUGACCAAGGGGUGCGAGCAGCUGCGGCCAGAGGUUACGAGUUUGAGCUGAAUGACUCUGCACUCUAUUUCUUUGAGAACAUGAAUCGAAUCAUCGCUCCCAAAUACGUUCCCACCGAGACAGAUGUUCUGAGAGUGAGAGUGAGGACCUGUGGAAUCGUCGAGACGCAGUUUCAACUUAAUGAAAUGAUCUUUCGGUUGUAUGAUGUCGGGGGCCAGCGGAGUGAGAGGAGGAAGUGGCUCAGCUGCUUUGACUGCAUUCAGGCCGUGUUGUUCGUCGUGGCUCUCAGCAGCUAUGACGUGACACUGAUGGAGGCCCCUUCAGGGAAUCAGCUGCAGGAAAGUCUUGACCUUUUUACAUCCAUCUGCACCAGUCAAAUCUUCAGAGGGGCCUCACUGAUUCUGCUUAUGAAUAAAACUGACCUUUUCCGAGAGAAGAUCCUACGCUCUGGGAGGCACUUGAGAUUUUACCUCUCUAGUUAUAAAGGAGCAGAUGGCGACGUGGAUGCCGCAGCCCACCACAUCACUGCCAUGUUCUCAUCGUGUAACAGUAGUCCUGGCAAGCCCGUGUACCACCAUUUCACCACUGCCACAGACACCUCAAACGUACAGGUGGUCUUUGACAUGGUCGUAAAUCAGAUCCUCAGAGAGAACCUAGCAGCAGUCCAGCUGCUGUAAAAGUCUCCUGAACACUGUGGUUUUAAUCAUUCAGCACUGGAAUACAAAUAUCACUUAUUUUCAUGUGGAAACACAUCUUAUUAUUUAAUCAGGUAAGAUGGUUAAUA